CGGAGCCGAGCCGGGGCCGAGCCGGGGCCCGAGCCGAGCCGGGCCGGGCCCAGGAGCGCGCGAACGCAGGAUGCGGGCGGCCGGGUCGGACUCGGCGGGGUCCUGAACCCGCUAGCGGGCUCCGAGGCCCUCGAGCGAGGAGCCCCCGCGCGGCCAGCCGGGCCGCCCGCGCGCCAUGGCCGGGGUGAGCUACGCGGCGCCCUGGUGGGUGACGCUUCUGCACCGGCUGCCGCACUUGAACCUGAGCUGGGAGACCACCAGCAGCCACUUCCGGCCCGAGGACGCCGACUACCAGCAGGCGCUGCUGCUGCUCGGGGCUACGGCUCUGGCCUGCCUAGCCUUGGACCUCCUCUUCCUGCUCUUCUACUCCUUCUGGCUGUGCUGCCGGCGGCGCAAGAGCGAUGAGCACUUGGACGCUGACUGCUGUUGCACAGCUUGGUGCGUCAUCAUCGCCACCCUGGUGUGCAGCGCGGGCAUCGCCGUGGGCUUCUACGGCAACGGGGAGACAAGCGACGGCAUCCAUCGCGCUACUUACUCGCUGCGCCAUGCCAACCGCACAGUGGCAGGGGUCCAGGACCGCGUGUGGGACACUACGGCCGCCCUGAACCGAUCGGUGGAGCCCAGCCUUCAAAGCCUGGAGCAGCAGCUGGCCUCGCGCCCCGAGCCUCUGCAGUCCGUGCAGCGGCUGCAAGCCCUGCUGGGAAAGCUGCUAGGCUACACGGCGGCCAUCCCGUUCUGGAGGAACUCCUCGGUGUCAUUGGAGGCGCUGGCUGAGCACGUCGACCUCUACGACUGGUACAGGUGGCUGGCCUAUCUGGGCGUGCUUCUGCUCGACGUGGGUAUCUGCCUGUUGGUCCUGGUCGGUCUCAUCCGAAGCUCCAAGGGCAUCCUGGUGGGAGUCUGUCUCCUGGGUGUCCUGGCCCUCACCAUCAGCUGGGGCACACUGGGCCUGGAGCUGGCCGUGUCUGUGGGCUCCAGUGACUUCUGUGUGGACCCCAACACCUAUGUAACCCGCAUGGUGGAGGAACACUCGGUGCUGAGUGGGGAUACCCUACAAUACUACUUGGCCUGUUCACCACACGCCGCCAACCCCUUUCAGCAGACGCUGUCGGGUAGCCACAAGGUGCUGGUGGAGAUGCAGGACUUGGUGGCCGAGCUCCUGAGAACGGUCCCCAGGGAGAGCCCCGCCACAGCGGACCCUCUUCUCCGGGUGCAAGAGGUGCUGAAUGGCACAGAGGUGACCCUGCAGCACCUUACAGCCCUGGUAGACUGUCGCAGCCUGCACCUGGACUAUGUACAGGCACUCACAGGCCUGUGCUCAGACGGCGUGGAGGGCCUCAUCUACCUGACACUCUUCUCCUUCGUCACGGCCCUCAUGUUCAGCUCUAUCGUGUGUAGCGUCCCACACACAUGGCCGCACAAGAGAGGCCCUGAUGAGGACGGAGACGACGAGGCAGCUCCAGGCCCACGGCAAGCGCAUGACAGCCUCUACCGUGUGCACAUGCCCAGCCUGUACAGCUGUGGUAGCAGCUACGGCAGCGAGAACAGCAUCCCGGCUGCUGCCCACACCGUCAGCAAUGCACCCGUUACUGAGUACAUGAGCCAGAACGCCAACUUCCAGAACACCCGCUGUGAGAACACGCCCCUCAUAGGGCGAGAGUCCCCGCCGCCCUCACGCUACCUGGCGGCCCUGGACUCCGCCCGGCACUCGGGUUGGCAGUGCCAGCCCGCGGACGGUGCCCGACUGCGGUGGUGGCCUCAGAGCGACAGUACACGUCCAGCAUGAGAGCCAAAUACCUCGCCACCAGCCAGCCGCGCCCCGACUCCAGUGGCAGUGGCCACUAGGCGCCUGCCCACGUGCCAACCGCCCCGUCUUCCCGCACCACCGCCGCCGGACGCUCCGCCACCAGCCCCUCUACCGCUCCCUGGCCUCCUUCCCGCAGGCUGCACGGAUGCGGGCACCCACGGCCCCUCUGCCCGCUUCCUCCCGCACUGCCCGGCUUCUGCGGGGCCCUCACUCCACAGCAGCUGCAGCCGCCCUCUGCCCUGCCAGGUUCAGGCACUGCUAUCUGUCCUAUAGCCUCCAGCCUCGCUCUCUCCCUCAGCACCUGCCACAGCAGAGGAGUGGGCGUCACACCAAGCCGCUGCCCAUCCAGUGCCAGCCGCCUCCUUGGUGCCAAAAUCCCUCCCCCCCCACCCCAUCCCCACAGGUCUGGCAGUCGGCAGCUGAUUUUUGCACUAAUCUCCUUUGUCAUCUCUAGAGCAGGUGGGGGCCGUGCCCUGUCCCUUCCGCUCCCCUUUGCCCCCUGACAGGCUCUGCAUCCCACGAGCCCGUCUGGACGCUCCAAGCUGGCAGCGAUGGUGGGUCCUUGCCCAGCUCCUGCCUAGGACCGACUAGCCCCGUGGAGCCUGCAGCCCGGGGUGUGGCCAUGUUUCCCUGCCCGUCCUUCCCCCUGGUCUGUCCCUCAGGUGCUUCCAUCUUCCUACAGAAAUUCCCUCUGUCUGGGGGGUAUGGACUUGCCAGUUUGGCAACAAGGGCCCCGGGUUUCCCUCUUCUCCCUCUGGACCAAAAGGGCAGGUGGGCUGGGCCACAUCCAACCUUGUGGGGAAGAGCAUCAAGGGGCUGACUCAGGGGUGUCCCCGGGGGGCCCUAACCUGGUAUCUGAGCCCCAGCGUGGCGGUCCCUAUGGAAGCAGGUGGGGGCCCCUGCCACCGCCAAGCACAAAGCCCCACCACGCAAUGUGAAUGCACAGCCUGCAGGUGGCGCAUGCGCCCUGAGAUUUGGGGGCUCCUUCCUCAUCGUCCCUCCCUCCGCCCUCUCUUGCACCUCUGCCUCCAGGGGCUAUCCUUGACCACAUGGGCAGGAGGCUAUAGGGUGCCUGACUGGAGAGGUUGUGGGGGGCCGGGCACUCCGGCCUAUCUCACUGUGCAGAUUCUGUGAAACCCCCACAAGUCACGUGGGGGUCCUUUGUUCUGGGGACAGAACAGGCGAGGUCUGUGGUCCCGGUUUGUUCUGCCUCCCGACCCCAGGCCUGGCCCGUCUUCUCCCGUUCCCCAGGACCGUGGUCAUCUGUGCUGUCGCUGUGGGGUUGUUUUCGUUGUUUUUUUGUUUUGUUUAACUUGAUUUGGGGGUUAGUUCUUUCUCUUCCUUUGGGGGCUUUAUUUUUCUUGGCAAAUACUAAAAUUCUCGUCCAUGUAAUUUCUGUGGUUUCUAUUGAGCUUGGGUUUCAUGUUUUAAAAAUAAACACAUUUUAAAAUAAAA